AUGUCUAUUACGACGAAUAAUAUAUCUGUUGAAAAUCUCGAUGAAUUUGAUCGACAAAAAAAACAAGCAGAAAUGAUUCGUCAAUAUUUACAAGUUACAAGUAUUGAUACAAAUUCUUUACCUAUAAAACAUUCGACACUAGAAUCUGAUUCUUCUUCGACAUCAUUGACAACAACUCUAUUACCAUUAUCAUCAAUUAAUUUUAAUGAACUUCGAAAAGAUUUAAAAUUGGCUGAAGAACGUGUUGAACGUUUACGUCAAGAAUUAAAAGAAAUCCAAAAAAAACGUGAUGAAUCUUAUUUAAUAACAUCACCACCACAAUAUGUAUUACCAUCAAUUAAUAAGACUAAUACAGAUUUUUUAAAUCAUAAUCUUUCAACAUCUACUAAUAGAGGAAUUAUAGAUAAAACACCACCACUUUUACAAGAAUUUUUAUCAUUGCACCAACAACAACAACAACAACAACAACAACAAAAUCCAAGACAACAGAUUAAUAGUGCAAUUCCAUCAUCAUUCUUAUUAUCUAAUUUUAAUUCUACUAAUCAUUUAUCGACAAAUCCAGCUGAUAUACCUAAAGAUUAUCGACAACAACAAUUUCUUUCAACAAUGCGUCAUCAUCGUGAACAACUUGUUAUUUAUAUUGAUUCAUUAAAACAAGCACUUAAUUCACUUGAUCGAUUAGCUUCAUUAGAACCAACAUGUAGUGAAAUUCAUCUUGCUAAUAUGAAAAUUGAUACAAUUCAACAAAAAAGUCGACAACUUCGUGCUUUAAAAUCAAAUCGUUCAUCUCAACAAUCGCCAUUUAUUGAAUGUCGUAUACGUCAAUUAGAACAUGAUUUAGUUUAUAUGUUAAGUGAACAUCAAAAAGAUGUACAAGCUAAACUUGAAUUAAAUGAACAACGAAGUCGUAUGUUACUUAAAAUAAUGCAAGUAACAGAUGAAUUAGCUGCUGUUGAUCAACAAAUACAACAAUUAUUAUCAAACAAAACAUUAAAUACGAAUAUACAUCAAACAAAUCCAUCUAAUGAAAUCAAUCAACAACAAUCAUUAAGAUUCAUUAAUUCAACAAAUAACCUUGAUGGAAGACGUGUUUCAUUUCGAGAACCAACUGACAACAAUCCCUUGACAAAAUUAACUAAUAUCAUUUGUAAUAAAAUGCGCAAAUCUGCAACAACUAUUCUUCCACGUUCUACAUCGACUCAUUUAACACCUACUCAACGCAAAAAUUCUUCAACAACAACAACAACAACAACAACAACACAACUUCCACAUAGUACAAGUCAUCAUAAUUGUCAAAAAUUUAUUUCAAAUAAUACAAAUACAAAUAAUAAUCGUUCACGAUCAAUUUGUAGUCGUACAAAUUUUUUUACAAGUCCAACAACACAUGAAUUAUCUCGUUUUGAACCUAUAUUUAAUCAUGAUACAGAUUCAUUAAAAAUUGGUGAUCGAAUAUAUGUUAAUGGUCAAUGGUCAGGUAUUAUAUUAUAUAUUGGUGAAACAACAUUAGGUAUUGGUGAUUGGGCUGGUGUUAUACUUGAUGAUCCAUCAUUAGGUAAAACAAAUGGUAUUGUACGUGGUCGAUGUUAUUUUCAAACAACAAAUAAUCGUGGAAUAUUUUGUCGUUUAACUAAACUUACUCGAGAAAAAAUUUUAUCUUGUGAAAUAGAACAAAAAAAAUGA